CGUUGCAACAAAAAUCGUUUUUUUUUAAUCUAAAAUGUGACUUGUUUAUUUAAAAAAAAUAACAUCGUCGAGAAUGGAUCUACAAAAGGAACUUUUGAGUUUAGUUCAGCUGAUGAGUCUGAUGUUCUUAUUCUUUUGGAGUGCUACAUGGAACAUACCUCCCAAUUUUGACGCCAUUGCAACAAGAGUGGUAACAAUUAGAAAAUUGGAGGUUUUGUAUCCGAAUGGAUUUUCUGAAGAUAAACAUUCUAUUGUCAUUUCGGACAUAUACAGGGUGCUUAAAAAGUCUCCUUCUCCCAACACUUUGCCUCCAUUCGAUGCAUGGAAGGAAGAGGAAUUAACUAGACAAGAGAUAAACUUGGAUGAGAAGAAACAUUUCUCUCAGGGAAGGAAACUGAAUUAUGCUUCUGCAAAGUGUGGGGCGAAAAUUCUCUCAUCGAAUCCAGAAUCUUCCUUUCGAAUGUCCAUACUGAAUGAGAAAAUCGAUGAAUACAUGUUGAAUCCCUGUCAUGUGAGCACUACUUGGUUCAUCAUCGAACUUUGUGAUACAAUCGAAGCUACACAGAUUGAGCUUGUGAACUACGAGUUGUUUUCGUCGUCACCUAGAAAUUUCUCUUGUUAUUGGAGUGACGUGCUGUACCCAACUCAAAGAUGGCGCCACCUGGGAACAUUUGAGGCAAAUGAUGAAAGAUCGACCCAGACAUUCCACUUGAAAGAGAAAAAUUUGGGAAAAUUCAUCAAGGUAGUGAUAUCUUCCUAUCACGGAAAAGAACAUUUCUGUGUUUUGAGUGUCUUCAGAGUUUUAGGCUAUUCCAUGAUAUAUGAGUUUGACAUAGACGAACAUUAUGAAAACGAUCCUAGAAAAAGCGUGGUAUAUAGAGAAAAUGAGGACGAAUCUGAGGCGAAGUACAACAGGUCUCUACGGUUACCAAAAGAUUCGGAGGAAAAAUUAACCAACACGAGAAAAAGUAUUCAGAAAGAUGACAUCGCACAAAGCUCUCGAAGGAGUUGUUUUUAUAAACCAAUAUAUUUAUUCCUGAAUUCCACCUUCAAUAACAAAAGAGAAGAAAUUUGUCUUAUAAAUGGGAAUCGAUCUUUUAACGAAACGAUCGAAACCAUGUGCAAUAGCACUGACUACUUUUUACAAUGCAUCAUUAAAUCCAGCUCACGAAGGAAAUUUGUUUCUGUCAUACAAAAAUCUGCACCGGCCAAGAAUGCUUCCUCUAACAAGUUUACGAACGAGGAUAAAAUGAAGUCAGAGAUUGUUGCGGUGAGUGCGGCUCUUAUACAGAAAGAGUCUGUUUUAAGUAAACUGACGCAUCGAAUUAAAGCAUCGGAGAUGAGUUUGAGUUUGAUGAAUCGAUAUUUGCAGCAGUUAAGUGAAUCGUAUCGGCAGCAGAUGGAAGAUAUGCAAAUAAUGUUCAACGGAACCAUGGAAGCUAUUAGCUUAGCCUCAGAAAAAGCAGCAGUCAUCGAUGAACAACUACAAUUAUCUAUAGAGAAAGUGGAACAAAAAAUAAACUCCCUGAAUGAGAAAGUGGAAUAUUACGGACAUGAGAAUCUUUUGAAACAGUUUUUGGAAUUGCACGGAUUCUUCCUCAUUCUGGAGUUUAUCAUUGUAUCGACUUUAUUUAGCAUCUUUGUCAACGAUUUCAGAAGACGGAAUUACUUUCUCUUUCAUCAAAGGUCGAUCCUUAACACUAAACAUACCAACACUUAGUAUAUACCUAUUUCGACACUAGCCGGACAAAUGACAGCGGACUUUAUGUUUCUGGAUUGAAUGUAUGAAAUAGGGAUGUCAAGAAGGAAAUAAACUAAAAACAACUUUAUUUUAAACAAAAUUGUGUAGUGCCAAUUUUUAUGUAUUA